AUGUCGCUCCGGCGCCUCCUAGGCCUUUCCGCCGCCAUCUCCGGCCGCCUAAGCCGCUCCCUGUCCACCUCCAUGGGUGCCUACUCCCGUCCUCCCUGGAUCUUGUUCGACCAGGUGACGCUGACCACCCGGUCGGCAGCACUGGGCGCGUCCGUGCGCAUCGUCGAGCCCCCGCGCUUCUCCGCCCUCACCGUGCCUGCGCUCCUAGUCGACGCCGGCGCCGGCCCCGACCCCGACAGCGACGUCACGCAACUCCUCAUCGGCCGCGUCUGCUCCACCAGCGCCGACGGCCUCCUCUUCCUCAUCGUCUACGAUCUCCACGCCACGGCCCCCAUCCUCGCCAAGCAAGGUGCCAACCAUGUGCGCCAGCUGACCGGCCUCGACCCCGGGCACACCCCAGACAUCACGCGCUUCCUCUGCAACCCUCUCACCGGCCAACUGACCCGCCUCCCGGCGAUCGGCGCCGGCCAGGAGAAGUUCGGGUGCGGCCCUCACAUGGGCGUCCUCACCCAAGCCGGUCGCGCGCACGGGGAUCCCGGCAGGCUCGCCGUCGCCGAGCUGCAGGGGAACAUGAUGCUCCUCUUUCUCUCGGACACAGCAGAGUGGGAGGUCGCGGUCACCGCGCCGUGGCAACUCCCGCUCGCUCGGCGGUUUUACUCCGAGACGGGCCGGACUGACCAAGAAGCGUUCGCCUUCGGCGGACGGCUGUGGUGGGCUGACCUGAGCUGGGGUGUCAUCUCGGCCGACCCGUUCAGCGACCGGCCGGAGCCCCACUUCGUCGAGCUGCCGAGGGGCAGCGUGGUGCCAGCACGCCCAGAGCGGGCGGCAGGGUGGCUUGACCUGGAGGGCAUGAAGGCCGUGUCCAGAGCUGCACUGGGCAGGUACCGGCGCAUGGGGGUCAGCGAGGGAAGGGUGCGCUACGCCGAGGUGUGGGAGCGUGAGCCGUUCGUACUCAGCUCCUUUGCGCUGGACGACGAGGGCGGCGGCUGGACGCUGGAGCACCGCAUGGCGCUCAGCCGGCUCUGGGCGGGUGGAGACUACCCGUGGCUGCCCUUGCCGGAGAAGACGACGCCACAAAUUGGCGCCCUUGACCCACUGAACGGCAACGUCAUCUACCUCACGGUCGGCAUGCACAUCAUCGGCGUGGACAUGAGCAAGGAGGAGGUGAUUGGGAGCUCUCUGCACAAUGGCUCCACGUUCUGUGUAUCAUGCGUUCUUCCACCCUCGCUUGAAUCGACCCGGAUCUAUGCCGCAGGUAAUCGAUUCAAUUGCUACUAA